AGAUAACAGGCAAAAUAUAACCACUACAUUUUAGCGGUAAUUUCAAGACCAAUAGGACAGUGUCGCAAAAUACAAAAUAACCUUAAUUUGAUAAAGUUCGCGUGGAAAUAGGUUAAACAAAAUAUAAUUUCUAUGCCUUAUUUAAUUCUACCUUAUUAACUUUUUUGAUACGCAAUUAUGUUACAACCCGUGAUGCAUGUGUUAAAACAAAAAAAUAUAAUUUUGGCGAGUGGGUCACCAAGAAGAAAAGAGUUAAUGGAAAAGAUUGGUCUGAACGUUGGUCUUUGUCCAUCACUCUUUGAGGAAAAUCUCGAUCCCAAAAACUUUAAUAGUUUUUCCGAAUUUGUUGAGGAAACAGCUCUACAGAAAGUUCUAGAAGUAGAUAAUAGAUUAAAGUUGCAGGGUAGUCCUCCAGAUAUAGUUAUUGGUGCCGAUACAAUGGUUACUCUUGAUGGUGCUAUGUUUGGCAAGCCAACUUCUAAAGAAGAAGCUUUUGACAUGUUAAACAGACUUUCAGGAAGAAGUCACACUGUGUACACAGGUGUUGUAAUUAAGGCAAUAGACAGGACAGUUAAGUUCACUGAAAAAACAGAUGUUACUUUUGGAGAAUUAGACGAAGAACAAAUUAAAGGAUACAUAGCCACUGGGGAACCUAUGGAUAAAGCUGGAGGCUAUGGAAUACAAGGUGUUGGUGGCACAUUUGUUGAGAGGGUUGAAGGUGAUUAUUUCACUGUGGUUGGUUUGCCACUGUAUCGGCUGUGUUCCGUACUCUAUGACAUGCUUAAAGAAAUUAAAUAAAAGACCAUCAAAAGUUCCUAUUUUUUUAAAUAAAUAACCAAACACAUUAUUUUAUGUAAUAGCUUAUUUAAAAAACAUUGUGUUGCUUUUAUAAUGGAAUUUUAAUAUUUAUUAAAAUUUCAAAUGAUGCGGGUAUUUUUUAAUUAUAUAAUCAUGUUUAAUAUUAAAAGUAUAAUAUAAAUUUAAAAUAAGUACAUAACUAU